CAUGUUAGCUGCUCUCCAGCUAGAGCAAGGUUAAAGACGUGUGCAGCUGGAAGAGUAAUGGAGAUGGUUACCAAUUACAAGUCUGGUUAUUGUUUUGCGCCGUGCUCAUUACCCAAUAGCAGAGUCCUUUUGACGCACGGAAACGCGCAGCUUUAAUAAAUACUUCUUGCAAUGGAGGAUCAGGCAAACUACAUCUUGCAGCUUAUAAAAUCAUCAGAUCGCUAAAUGGUGAGAAGGGCAGCUGGGUUUCACUGAACAUGGAGAGAGCGUGGUUCAUUGGAAAUGAGAGGAUUCCUCCUACAAAAUGUGAAGAGCUGAUGUCCAGCUCUCACAGCGGUGCAUCGAGGCCCUGCAUGAGAAUCAACUUGACAGAGAUGCUUCGAGCUGACAAACCCCACACAGAAAAGAAGCCAAUUCCAAUACGUCCGCCAAGCCCCAGAGUCUGUGCACGAACCCAACAGCCGUUGCACCACAGUCUCUCGUGCGAACCCGCCCCUAAACCCAUCAUCCGACAGAGGUCACACUCUCUGCCUUCCUCCACUGAGAAGAAGAAACAAUGCAGGCGUGCCGUUGGCGUGAGGUUUGUUGACUCCAGGGGUCUUGACCUGGAAGAUAUCAAGCUUUUUAAAUCCGGAGAGGAUCCAUUUGUGCCACAUCAUGUGACUUUUAGAUUAUUGAUGGCUGCAGAGUUGACAGAUGGAAGGCAUCUGGAGAUUUCUUUGCCAUACAUGGAGCCGCUUUUCUCACAACCUGGCGACCAACCAGGAUUCCUACAUCGCCUCUAUGAGCAGAAAGUAUGUCUGGAGCGAGUGAUGUGUUCUGAAUUGGGAGUCAAUGGAAUCACACAAGUGCUUAAUUUGAACUUUGAAAAAGAUGUCAGAGUUCGCUAUUCAUUUACAGAGUGGAAGAGCUGCACAGAAACUAAGGCCUCGUGGGCGUCCUCCAUCACAAAUACCUGUGACGGAGGCGGGGGGCAGCUUUGUUGUGAUACAUUUAAUUUCCACCUUCCUGUUCCUCCUUUUUUGCAGCCAGGAGCAGUGUUACAGUUUGCCAUUCAGUACAAAGUCUGUGGAGUUGAAUAUUGGGACAACAAUGAUGGUGAGAAUUAUAAGUUAGUUUGCCAUAACUACAAGCUCACUGUGCCCAAAGAAUGCCAGGAUAGCAUGGUGCACUUUGUUUAGGAUUCGGACUGGAAAGAAGAAACCUGUAAGAAGCCCAUAUCAGAAAAAUCUAUGAAAGCUGCACUGGAUCACACAUAUGAUGCAAUAUUGUUUGACUACUGCUGACUAAGGGUUAAUAAGUGCAACUCAUCCUGUGCCAAUUUUAGUGCCAUAGAUUAUUUUUUAUAUAUUGCUUAAAUGCCUAUUUAAAAGUCACACGUCCAAGUUCUGACACAAUGUGUGAUAAAUACCUACUGAAAUUCAAACAUAUGCACUUCAAUGUACUGGUUUUGCUCCACAUUUCUAUGAAAAGGCAGAAAUAUUUUGCACAAUUUGCACUAUAUUCAGUUUAUUGCUGAGUCAAAUGUUGCCAAAAACCAAAUGUCUGAUGUAUAAUCAAUAUAAAUGUAAAUAACCACACAUAAAUGCUUAUUUUGUUGAACAAUAAAGCACAGGUUCACUUAC